GGACGCCGAGGCGGGAUGGCGGCGCCGCGGGGCUGCGCGGACGGGCCCUGCUGCUCCCGCGCCGGCGCGGCGGCCGGCGUGCAGCAGACGCUCGACGAGAUGGACUUCGAGAGGGGAAUCUGGUCGGCAGCCCUGAAUGGAGACCUGGGCCGAGUGAAGUAUUUAAUCCAGAAGGCAGCGGACCCUAGUCAGCCCGACUCGGCCGGCUACACCGCUCUGCACUAUGCCAGCCGCAAUGGGCACUACGCCGUAUGCCAGUUCCUGCUGGAAAGUGGGGCUAAGUGUGAUGCCCAAACCCACGGGGGUGCCACUGCCCUGCACCGGGCCAGCUACUGUGGCCACACUGACAUCGCACGGCUUCUGCUUUCUCAUGGGUCCAACCCCAGGUUGGUAGAUGACGAUGGCAUGACCAGUCUACAUAAGGCUGCUGAAAAGGGUCACGUGGACAUUUGCUCCCUCCUGUUGCAACACAGCCCAGCCCUGAAGGCCGUCCGGGAUCGGAAGGCACGACUAGCAUGCGACCUGCUGCCCUGCAACAGUGACCUGCGGGACCUGCUGGCCAGCUGAAUCGCCACCCUUCUGUCUCAGGCUGCCACACAGACUAGCUCUCCAAGCCCUCGCCUUGGUCAGCAUGCAUGGUGCAAGGUGGGAAACUGAGGCUAGAAGACUCAGGAAGAACCCCAUUCUGGCCACUGUGGAAGUGAGGGAGUGGAUUUAGUGGGGCUACAAGUGCUUAAGCCUGGACAAAUGGUCAUAUUCUAAAUUAGUUCAUAUGGAAACAUCCAUUUGGAAAAAGUAAAGUUAUAUCCUUACCUCAUCCCAUGCACAAACAUAAAUUUCAAGUAGAUUAAAUAUCUAAAUAUAAAAACACAAAACUAUGUAAGUAUUAGAAGAAACUAUGGAAGAUAUGACAAAUUAAAAGCUGCUUUCUAGCCACAUGACCUUGGUCCAGAUCACUUUCCCGGCGUGUCUCUGUUUCCUCAUCUGUAAGAUGAGCAUGAUUACAAUGGGCCCUGCCUCCAGGUCAGCGUGGGGAUUAAAUGAGGGAGGAUGUGGAGAGAGUGGCCCUGCACGCAGUGUAUCAGAGCACCCACUGCCCCCAGACCUGAUCAGCACUCGUUUAUACCAUAAUUUCAUUAAUUUUAACAAUCUGAUAAACAAGUGCUAUUGCUUUGUUUUAUUUUGCAUUGCUAAUUACUAGUGAGGCUGAACACCUGUCUUCUGUGAACUUCCUGUCCAUACCCUUUGCCCAUUUAAAAUUUUUUUCUUUUUUUGGUUUAUAGUUGUUGUUUAUGUAUUCUGGAUAUUGAUCCUUUGCGUUAUAUAUAUAUAUAUAUAUAUUUUUUUUUUUUUCUGUCAUGCUGUCAUUUAACUUUGUUGGUAUCUGUUCAUGGAAAUGGUACAGCCACUGUAGAUGGCAGUUUGGCAGUAUCUGUUAAAAUUUAAAUAAUCAGG